AUGGAGAACGGCGGACCGAUACGAUGGCGUUUCGGCGGCAACGAUGAACUGACCAAGGCCUCUGCAAUCACCAUUAGAGGUGUACUGAACACGUUGAUGGAAAAUCUUAAACCAGAAGACUCCCGGCCGGUUAUUCCUCUAGGACACGGUGACCCUUCUGCCUUCCCGUGUUUCCGAACGACGCCUUUGGCCGUGGAUGCCGUCUGCGAUGCCGUACGCUCCGCCAAGUAUAACGGUUAUGGCUCCACCGUUGGUAUUCUACCUGCCCGAAGUGCAAUAGCAGAAUAUCUUUCAAAAGAUCUUCCAUACAAGUUAUCUCCGGACGAUGUAUAUCUGACAAUUGGCUGUACUCAAGCCCUAGAAGUCAUUUUACAAGUUCUUGCUCGCCCCAAUGCUAACAUUCUGCUCCCAAGACCAGGCUUCCCUUAUUAUGAAUCUAGAGCUGGAUUCUGUCAUCUCGAAGUCCGACAUUUUGGUCUUAUUCCGGAAAGAGGUUGGGAAGUUGAUCUUGAUGCAGUUGAAGCUCUUGCAGAUAAAAAUACUGCUGCAAUGGUUGUUAUCAAUCCAGGCAAUCCAUGUGGGAAUGUUUUUUCAUAUGAACACUUGAAAAAGGUUGCCGAGACUGCAAGAAAGCUUGGGAUCUUAGUAAUCUCUGAUGAAGUUUAUGAUCACCUCACUUUUGGGAGUAAACCUUUUGUUCCAAUGGGAAUCUUUGGAUCAAUUGCUCCUAUUAUUACAGUUGGAUCUAUAUCAAAGAGAUGGAUUGUUCCUGGUUGGAGACUUGGUUGGCUUAUUACGAAUGAUCCAAAUGGCAUCCUUAAGAACCAGGGGAUUGUUGAUAGCAUCGUGGGUUUUCUGAAUAUUUCCUCUGAUCCAGCAACCUUUGUUCAGGGAGCAAUUCCUCAAAUCCUUAAAAAUACUACAAACGAGUUCUUCACAAAAAUUGUUAACACACUAAAGGAAGCUGCAGACCUAUGCUAUGAUCGAAUAAAGGAUAUCCAUUGCAUUACUUGCCCAAGCAAGCCCGAAGGAUCCAUGUUUGUAAUGGUAAAACUUAAUCUGUCCCUUCUGGAAGGGAUCAAGGAUGAUGUGGACUUCUGUUGCAAGCUAGCUGAGGAGGAAUCCGUGAUAGUUCUCCCAGGGGUUGCUGUAGGACUCAAGAAUUGGCUCCGAACAUAUAAGAGACAUUUGAUUAGGUCAAGUCUUUGGCUGAGCAUUGGAAUGCCUCUCCUGGACAACUCCAAAUUGCUUGGCUGGGCAUUGGAAAAUGCCGCCUUAAACGUGUGCUAUUUUGCAGGUCAAGUCUUUGGGACAAUAGAAUUCGGAGAUUCCCAAAUAUUUGGAGUGGGGGCAGAUUUUAGCGUCGACAAGCAUCAAUAA